GGUAGCCUACACAUACAAUGACAAAACAAGAAGGCAAGAAGCAAGGAGGCUAAAACCCAUGGGUUUUAACCCCACUUUGGAGUUUUUCCAUUGCACUUUUUGCCGGGCUGUGCCGAGCGAUUUGGACCCCCUUCUGACGCUGCAUAUCCACUAUUCCGGUGCACCUGACCUGCUGCCUUGUACAGAUACAAUUCAUUUUCUAUGGAUGGCUGCGCAAAGCAUCUCGGGAAGGCCUCUUCUACGUACACCCCAAUGAACUGUGCUUCUGAGGAAGAUGUUGGUGAUUGGUCUCUGGUGGAUUUUUGAGAUAGAGUUGUGUAAACAUGAGUUGUUGUGGUAACAAAAGACACUCAACUAUUUUGGAACAGCGUUGCUUUCUACAUGAAAGAGUGCUCUGAUGUGUUUUUCUUAUGAAAAACGCUGGUCAGUGCUUUUACAUGUAGAAAAAAUACACUGUUCCAAAAUGCAGUUAACUCAUGUUAAUCUUGAGUUAACAUUAGGUAACAUUAGGUGACUUUUGAAACUGAGUUAAGCCCCAACAUGAGUUUGGACAUGGGGGCAGGGGAAAGUGGUAGAUAUGUUUAUAUGAUACAGAGGUCUGAUUACGAAUUUGCAUUGGUGCUGUCAUUAGUAUUAAUCUAGUAAAUUAUGCAGUCGGCUGCCUUACUUGUUGAUUUUCAUUUCGGUGCCCAUGUUUACAGGUUAGAGCAUGCACACUGCCAACACUUAAUCCUUUAGCUAUGUUUGUACCUAUUUCUAAUUUAAAAAUAUAUAUAAUCGUUUUAUGGAUGUGUUAGUGGUGACAGUGUCUGGUAACAGCAGGCAGUCUAUAGAAACUUUUAUUGUGGCAUAAUAUAAUACAUUUUGACCCGGAAGUCAAAACAAAGGACGAUUCUCGUCACCUGAUCAGCACAGCCGCAUUGUGUUGUUUUGAGGAAGAAAGUGCUAGCUAGCGAGUCAGCCAGCCUGCUAGCAAGAAGCUGCUGCUAUUAUAGUGGGGAUUUUUUUGCAGAGAAGACCCCAAUUAAUUGAUACUUUUGAUGAAAAUUCAAACGUCGGAAACUGGCUGAAAUUAGAAUCUUAAAGGUUGUCUUGGAUACUUCUCUGUAUCCUUCAAAUUUGUGUCUCAAAGCACGAGCUGCUCCCGUUGGAUGCGACUAUUCAGAAGGAAAUCGCUGCUGUUUUGGAGGCCUUAGCUACAUUAUUGUAGCUAGUGGUAGCUAGCUUAGCCUGCUUCAGCCAUUCGAGCGGAAGGUCUCGAAGUACUAAGGCAUCUCAGGUGCUAAACAUGAAGAAAAAGACUCGGCAUCAUAGAACCUCUGAGGAGAGACCAUCAUCGCCCAUCAAACCAUCUCGUAAUCGGGAAACUCUGACGUAUGCACAGGCUCAACGCAUGGUGGAUCUGGAGGUCGAUGGCAGAGUGCAGAGGAUCAGCAUCUAUGACAAGCUUGACGUGAUUAAUGACGACGACCCCGUAGCACAAGAGAUCAAUGAGUGCAACAGCAAUAAGGAGAACAGCGAGAAGCCACAGCAGGUCUUGGUGCGUUCUGCACGCCUUAAAAUCAACCAAGAGAAAAAGACUGCCGCCUUGACCACCGCACAGGGGGCAGCUGUGCAGGGACAUGCGUUGCCUGAGCCCAAGAUUCGCACUGUGGAAUACAACCUCCCGCUGGUCCCCCGAAGGCCCUCUAACUACUACACCUAUGUGGAGAAGACCUCAGAGGAGCUGGACGAGGAGGUGGAGUACGACAUGGACGAGGAAGACUACGCCUGGUUAGAGCUGGUCAAUGAGAAGAGGAGGAGCGAGGGCUUCAGCCCAGUCUCCCAAAAUGUUUUUGAAUUCCUCAUGGACCGAUUCGAGAAGGAGUCCUUCAUCGAGACCCAGGGAAAAGUGGAUCCUCAGUCACUGAUUGAUGAGGAUGCCGUUUGCUGCAUCUGCAUGGACGGCGAAUGUCAAAACAGCAAUGUCAUUCUCUUCUGUGACAUGUGCAAUUUAGCAGUACACCAGGAGUGCUACGGCGUGCCCUAUAUUCCAGAAGGCCAGUGGCUUUGCCGCCACUGUAUGCAAUCCCCCUCCCAGCCAGGCGAGUGUGUCUUCUGCCCCAACAAAGGUGGUGCACUUAAGAAGACAGAUGAUGACCGCUGGGGUCAUGUGGUGUGCGCUCUGUGGUUGCCUGAGGUGGGCUUCACCAACACCGUCUUCAUCGAGCCCAUCGACGGAGUGGCCAACAUCCCGCCGGCCCGCUGGAAGCUGACGUGCUACCUCUGCAAAGAGAAGAGUGUGGGAGCUUGUAUUCAGUGUCACAGGGCCAACUGCUACACAGCCUUCCAUGUGAGUUGUGCUCAGAAGGCAGGGCUCUACAUGAAGAUGGAGUUGGUGAAAGAGGAGACCAAGGAAGGCUCUUCUGCGUUCUCAGUGAAGAAGACUGCUUUCUGCGGAACACACACUCCCAGCAGUUGCACCAGGAGGCCUCUUGGCAUCUAUGACGAGGCAUCUUCCAAACACGACCUCAAAAAUGAUCUCAAAGGUACAAGGAAAUUGAAACACAUGCAAAAGAAGAUCAAGAAAACCGUGCCUGAACCGGAACCCGUAGUCCCCGCUGUGUCUGAGCCUAGUUUAACUCAAGCAAGCUUCAACACAAUCUUAAAUCAAGUGUCAGUCCAGAGGAAGCGCUUGUUUGUGGAGCGCGUUCUUAGUUACUGGAUGCUGAAGAGACAAGCAAGGAAUGGUGUACCCCUCAUUCGACGGCUCCACACAACCCCAGCCGUACUGACUCUCAAACCCCCGGAGCCGCAGCAGGAGCAGCGUGAGAAGGAUUGCCACAGCCGUAAGGAGCAGCUGAAGGAAUGGCACCGCUUGCGCCAUGACCUGGAGCGCGCUCGCUUGCUGUUGGAGCUGAUCCGCAAGAGGGAGAAACUCAAGAGAGAGGAGAUGAGGCUUCAGCAGUCUGUGCUUGAGAUGCAGCUCACGCCGUUCACCAUUCUUCUGAGAGCAGUCCUGGAGCAGCUCAGGGAGAAGGAUCAGGCCAAGAUCUUUGCCCACCCUGUCUGUGUCACAGAGGUUCCAGAUUAUUUGGAUGUCAUCAAACACCCAAUGGACUUCUCUACCGUUCGGAAACGUAUAGACACUCACGGUUACCGAAACCUUGAUGAGUUCGAAGACGACUUCAACCUCAUCAUUGCCAACUGCAUGAAGUACAACGCCAAGGACAAUUUCUUCUACCGUGCCGCUGUCCGCAUGCGGGACCUCGGCGGGGUGAUCCUCAGGAAGGCCCGUCGAGACGCCGAGAGGAUCGGCUUUGAUUUCCCCAGCGGAAUGCAUCUUCCUGAGCCCCCCAAGCUGGAGCCCCCCCCCACCUUCUCCUGGGAUGAUGUUGACCGCCUGUUGAACCCAGUGAGCCGCAAACAGCUGUCUCAGGAGGAGCAGCUCAAACGGCUACUGGACCACCUGGACCUGCUCAGCAGUAUGAAGUCCAGCCCGUCACGAAACAAACGGCUCAAGUUGCUCAAGAAAACCAUCAACGAUGUCCGGAGUGAGACGAGCGUGAGCACGAGCGUGAGCACGAGCGUGAGCGCGAGCGCGAGCAGCCAGCGUCUCCCCCCUGACAUCACGAGACCUGCGGAGGAGUUCAAGGAGUUCCCUGUGGAACCGGUCUCACGUGAAGAGCAACACCAUCCGUUACUUCCCAAACCGGAGACUCCUGAGCGCGUACCUGAAAUCCAGAUCUCAGUGAGUCAAUCAGAACCCCCACCGUUGAAUCCAGCAGAAGCCACUCCAGAGGAAGGCUCCAAGGCAGACCCACUGGACGGAGAACAGGCCGCCUCGGUGCCCGUCGGGACCAACCCAGACCUGCUGCUGCUCCCCCCCACUAACGCUCUGAGUCUAGUAGCCACAUCCACGCUUGCUGAAACUUCCACUUCCACUGUCAACCGCCGGACUGCCGUCCUCUUCCGCAAGUCAAAGAGCGUCAGCCCACAGAAGCCCCCGAAGAGCCCGAUCAGAGGCCCUCAGCUCGGCACCACCACCUUCCUGUCCGUGGUCAUCCCCAGGCUAGAGACCCUCCUCCAACCCAGGAAGCGGACCCACAGUGCCAGUAGUGACGGGCUGGCGGACGACGAGGAGUCUCCCAUCAAGCGCUUGGACACGGGUCUAUAUAAUGGCUUUGUCAUCAAGCAGGAGCUGGGUGUUACUAGGUCACUGGAGCCCCGUCGGCGCUGCGUCUCCGAGUCCAGCAUAUCAUCUAAUAGCAGUGCACACAGCACAGCAAGCACGCGCAGCAGCAGCAGUGCGCCGGCAUGUGGACGAGUGAAGCCAGCUUUAGCGCGGAGAAACACUGUUGAUGAGAAAAAAGAGUUCAUUUCACCCAAGGACACUGAAACCAAAGCUAACGGUUCAUUAGAUCACAGAUUGCAGGACGCCCCGUGCGGUCGAGCGCCAUCCCAGCGCCGUGCCCAUCACGCGGGCCCCGGGCGAGCGGCGGGGCGGAGAGGCGACGGCGUGCAGGUCCACGGAGAAACCCUCCCCCGCCCCCUCCUCCGGCAGCAGACCCAGCUGGCAAUGGCAUCCUAACUCUCAGAAGAUCCUAAUCCUUAGCAUGGACAAGACCUUUGAGAAGAUGGCCACUGCGUUUGCCAUGCUGUCCCGCUCUGUGUCCUCUCGUCCACAUGAGCUGGGUUGUGGACGAGCCUUUAUGCAACUUCAGUGACAGAUGAGACUUCUGUGUGCCUCUCUUGUAGGAUCUCUCAGGCAUCCAAAUCCCAGCAGCCCAGGACUAGUGGCCCCGGAGGCGGGCCAGUCGAGUCGUGGCCCCUUAAGCAUCUUGAAUGGUUUUCUCUCUGUGAUCUGCUGAUCUGGGGUCAGCUGCAGAACAGAACAGAACAUAGCAGUCCCCCCCCCCCCCCCCC